AGCUUCACUUCUUGUAAAUGUCUUCCUCUACUUCGUCUUCCCAAGACGGCAAUGGCAAUGGCAAUGGCAAUGGCGAUGGCGGUGGCAGCACUAGCGCAAGAAGAGGGGGUGAUUUUGAAGGGCCGUCGUCGUCUCGCCGACGUGCCGUCAACGAGGUCUGGCCGGAGCCUUUUGUUGAAGCUCUAGCUGCCCAAGUUGCCAUCGACGCUUCUCACUCCAUUGGCCGCCUUGCAGCCGCUCCUGCUCUCGCCAAUGUAUUUCAGGUUUCUUCCACGUGGCGGGCCGUCUCUCGCUCCGAUCUCCUCUGGCAUCGCCUCACUCGCAGCAUCUGGGGCCGGACCCACCUCCUCCGCGCCACGUGGCGGGACGAGUUCGUGUACUGGCAUCGGACGGCCCAGAACUUUCGCUCAGGCAGGUCGUCGCACGCCCCGCUGGUCUUCUAUGACCUGUCUGAUAUGGACGACGCCCACACUUGCCGGUGCAUAACUCUCUCAGAUCGCCACGUGGCGUGCGGGUUCGCCGACGGCGCGGUCCGGCUCUUCGACGUCGAGACCCACGUCCACGUCAGCACGUUCCAGCCCCAGCACGGAAACCGUCUCGGCCGGUUCUCGCAGGCAGUGUCGGGGAUCGUCCUAAGCAGCGAUUCCAGGUUGGUGUUCGCCACGGUGGAUGGGGACAUCCACGUGGCUAUCAUUAAUGGGCCUGGUGCGGCGGCCCAUCCGCGGAGGGCCCAUUCGGGGGAGGUGGUGAGGGACGGGGCGUUGGUGGACUUCACGGGCUGCGACCGGUGGUGGGUGGGCCUCUACGCUGGCGCGGCAGGCCGUGCCUUCCACAUAUGGGAUGGGGUGACGGAGGAGCUGGUGUUCGUGGGUGGGUCGUUGACCGACCCGGAGGCCGUGAUGGGGUGGCACAUGCUGACAGAAGCAACGGAGUUCGUGGGCCGGGUGCGGGUGACGAGCCAGGAAUUGGGAGUGGCGUGCACGAGCUCGAGAGUGAUGGUGUUUGACCUGAGGAACCAGGGGGUGAUAUUGGGUGAGGAGGAGUACAGGAGAGGCGUGGUGGUGACGUCGCUGGACGUGGGGGACGGGGUGUACGUUAGUGUGGACGGGCGGGGGAGGGGUAGCGUGCGUAGGGUGGGGACGAUGGAGGAGGUGUGUAGGUUCAACGUGGGGGUGAGGGGCGGCGGGGUGAUGGGGUGCAUGAACUUGGGUUGCGCGCUGAUGAGCGCGGGGGGAGUGAUAAGGGUGUGGGGGGCAGAGCAUGGAGAGUAUCUGUACCGAUUUAGGGAGAGAGUGGGGGGACUGAACGCUUUUGUGGCCAACGAGAGGCACGUGGCGGCGGCGGGGAGUGACACGACGAUACACCUGUGGGAUUUUGGUGCGCAGUAG